AUGAAGAUCAUUUUCUGUUCACACGAACUGUGGGAUCUGGUUGAAAAUGGGUAUGAAACUCCAAUGAAGAAGGAGGAGGAGCUCACGGGGGCAGAAAAGAAGCUAAUGCGUGAGAAUGUGGUCAAGGAUGCUAGAGCACUUGGAAUCAUCCAAGGUGCUGUUUCAGAUCAAAUUUUUCCAAGAAUCGCAACCCAGGAAAGUGCAAAGGUUGCGUGGGACAUUCUAAAACAAGAAUUCGUUGGUGAUAAGCAAGUACGAUCUAUGAAACUUCAAGGUCUUAGACGAGAUUUUGAAUAUAUUCAUAUGAAUGACAGUGAAUCGCUCUCUAUGUAUAUUGCUAAAUUGUUCGAUCUGAUUAAUCAAAUGAGAAGUUAUGGUGAAGAUCUGAGUAAUCAAAGAAUUUUUCAAAAAUUGCUGAUUAGCUUGCCUAAAUCCUAUGAUAGUAUUGCAGCUGUGGUAGAAAAUACUAAGGAUUUGGAUACCAUAGAUGCUCAGGAUGUUGUUGCAAUUUUGAAGGGUUAUGAACAAAGGCUUGAUAAACAUGGUGAGGGUAGUAUGGAGAAAGCAUUUGCUAGUUUGAACAUUGCAUCAAAAUCAAAUAGGUUUAAUGGUCAAACAAACAAUGGCAAAUACCAAAAAAACUUUAGGCCAAAAAGGAAACAAUGGAGUAACAAGGCUGAUUGGGGUAAUAAGGCUAGUUUCCCUGUGAAGAAUGAUGCACAUAACACCGGGGAUAAAGGUGAAUUCUAUGAUAGACUUCACUAUGAGGAGUGUUGGGUUAAGAACAAGGUCAAGUGUCAUAAGUGUAGCAAAAUUGGGCGUACUGCAAGAUACUAUAAUGCAAACAAGGCUAUGCAACAAGUGAAUUUUGCUAAUCAGGUUGAAGAAACUGGAAACCUAUUAUAUGCUAAUCAUUCUAAAGAAGUAAGGAAAAUAAGCGAUGAAUUGUACAUAGAUAGUGGAUGUAGUAAUCAUAUGACAUCCAAGGAAAAUUUGCUUGUUGACAUUGACAGAAGGGUGAAAGCCAAAGUCCAAGUAGGCAUUGGAGCCUUGGUUGAAGUGGCAGGAAAAAGGACACUGAUCAUUGAAACAAUGAAGGGUAGGAGAUAUAUAAAGGAAGUUAUGCUUGUAUCUGGUCUUGUAGAGAAUUUGCUAAGUGUAGGACAGAUGACUGAGCAUGUUGCCUUCCAUGUGUUUAAGAAGUUUAAAGCUAUAGUAGAGCUUCAAUGUGGAUACUCUGUGAAGAGGUUGAGAAAAGAUAGGGGAGAAGAGUUCACUUCAAAUGAUUUUGGGAAGUUCUGUGAAGACCUGGGGAUAGAAAGACAACUCACUGUUGCAUAUUCUCCACAACAUAAUGGAGUUGCAGAAAGGAAAAACAUGAUUGUUGUGGAGAUGGCAAAAUAUGUUCUCAAGUCCAAAUUGAAGACUCUCCAGCUACAGUCUCUGGUGAACCACGCAGUUCAAGAUGAGGCAUGGAAAAAGGCAAUGGAAGAUGAAAUGAGCAUGAUUGAGAAGAACCAGACAUGGGAAUUGGUAAGGAGACCAUUUGAUAAGCUUGUGAUUGGGGUAAACUGGGUUUAUAAAACUAAGUUGAAAUUAGAUGGCUCGGUUCAAAAGAAUAAGGCUAGGCUAGUUGCAAAAGGCUAUGCACAAAAGCCUAGGGUAAACUAUAAUGAAACACUUGCACCCGUGGCAAGGUUGGAUAUCAUAAGAACCCUUAUUGCACUGGCUGCAAAGAACAAUUGGAAGUUGUUUCAAUUGGAUGUGAAAUCGGCUUUCUUAAAUGGGGUACUUGAAGAUGAGGUGUAUGUAGAUCAGCCAGAUGGAUUCAUUGUGCAAGGAAAUGAGGAUAAGGUGUAA